UCUGUUGUUCUAUAUUUACGUCUCUCCUGACCUGCAGCCUUUAACGUCUCGUCUUUGUCGUAUUUCUGCAGCUGCACCUGUUGAAUGAAGAUUCAUUUCACUAAUGUGUUUUUCAUCUAAUCCUCCUCGUCUGUCCCGCUGGCUGCUCUAAAUUUAGAGCAGCAGCCCUGGAUGUGUUGUGAUGUAAAGAUAGGAGGAGGGAAGCCGGCUGGUUAUUCAGGACAGAGAGUCAAACUUCAGCUGCAGGAGCGUCGAGGCGACGAUCAGUGGAGCCGGAGAGGAAGGAAAAACCAGGACGAGCCAGAGAAACAGGGGUGUCAAAACUAUCCUGCAACUGUUAGAUGUGCCUCUGCUGCACCAGAAUAGAAUAAUUAGGCCAUAAAGGCUCUGGAGACCUGAUCUACACAAGAAGGAGGAAACACGAUGUUGUCCAAAAAGGAAGAGAAGAGAUCGUUUAGCAACGGCCGUCUGAGAGACCAGUGGGAGAAACUAGCCCAGAACGAGGCGGACCAGUGCAAACAGGAGGCUGAAUGGAAACGGAAAAGCUCYGUUAAAGUUCUUUUCUCAAAGUGGACCUACCACUGGCCCAACGGGGAACAGGUGAAGGAUGAVAUUUCYGACUUCAGGAGGGCGACGACCCGGACAGACGACGAAGAAAAAAAGCCUAAAAUCAAAUUCAAAAUYGUUCCUCCUCCUCCAAAAGUCAAAGCGGAGCCUCCUCCRCCGCCGCCSCCCCCCAGGAGGHCGUCCUCCCCGAAACGUCACAGGCAAAAACGCAAAGUGGAAGUGGACGUGUUUGGGUUGUGCUGGAGGGAAUCCUGGAUGAGCCUGAAGCCACCAAAGUACCUUUACCUGAAGGCCAGAGAGGCUAAAGAGAGGAGGACGCUGCUGAUGAGCUUACAGUGUCCCAGGAACAGGAAGUACAAAUCAAUCGGGUUUGUACUUCCUGGACCGGACGCCGACGGGACGGGUCCGAUUUCUAAAUGGAGUCAYUCCUGGAAGCAGGUGAAAAGCCCAGCUCAGUCAGAGCAGUCAGAGGACAGAGACUUUGAGUGGGACACUCUGUUUGAAAGGACGAUGGACAGGAAAGUGGAAAUAGGAGAAUAUCGUCUUCCUGUCUGGGCCGGAACGUGGAAGAUCAUGAACUUUCCCUUCAGGCAGCAGAAGAAGAACUGGGACUGCGGCUGGGAAAACUACCAACAGGGAACAACAGACAAGUCCGAUAAGUUUGACCUCAUUCAGGAGCAGCUGGAUCAGGACGAGCCUGAAGGCUGGGAGGAUUCAUGGAGGCUCUCCGGAGCAGAAGAUCCAGCGGAUGGACCCGCCACGUUCACAGCAGAGAUAAACGACUGGCUGAUGCCCGGAUGGAGCAAAUCCUGCCUGCUGGCUGCAGCUCCUCCAGAGGAGCACGAAGAGCGGCAGAGGAGCUGGAGCUGCUGCUGGGGGUACCAGCAGCAGGUCAGGUGGCGUCAGGCGUCCAUCUUGUCCGCCCAUCACCAUAGCAACCAGAUGACCAGGAGACGGAGAGCCAUAAACGUCUUCCUGUUCUCGGGUCUGGACCGGUCCAGUCUGAGYGACUGGACGGAGGCCUGGAAGGCUCCAAGAGKMCAGAAAACACCGGAGGACGAGGAAGAGCAGGAGGAAGCAGACGAAACUGAGGAAGAGGAGGAGGAUGAAGGAAUGGAGGAGGAAGAAGAACAGGAGGAAGAGGAGAGGAGGACAAAAAUAUUCAAAAACUUCAACAAGAACAAGGAGCAGGAAAAAGAGGAAGAUGAAGGUGUAGAUGAAGAGGAGGAAGACGAAGAUGAAGAAGAUGAGAAAGAAAAUGGUGAAAACGAAACGGAGAGAGGAGAAGAUGAAGAGGARGAAACGCAUCAUAGUGUCAAAGUGACGAAGGAGGAGCAGGAUGAAGAAAAAUGUGAAAAUGCAGAUGAGGAAGAGGAGGAGGACAACGAGKCAGCUGACAAGAUGAAGGAUGAAGAGGAAAUUUAUGAGGAAGAGGAGCAAAACACCAAAACGAACAAAACGGAGAGUCAAAAGCUUGAAACUGAGCAGAGGAAGAAGGAUGCUGAAGAUGAGGAAGAUGAAGAAGAGGAGGAUGCUGAAGAUGAGGAAGAGGAGGAAGAUGAAGAAGAGGAGGAUGCUGAAGAUGAGGAGGAGGAAGAUGAGGAAGAGAAAAAUCAGGCCAAUGAUGAAGAAAGACACAAAUACACCAAAACAAAAGAAACGAAGAGUCGAGAUCCAAUAGAGCAGAGGAAGAAGGAAGAUGAAGAUGCUGAAGAUGAGGAAGAUGAAGAUGAGGAGGAAGAAAGAAAGAAAAACAACGAAUCAGAAAAAGACGAGGAAGAGGAGAAGAACACCAUAAAGCUGGGAAAAGACAAGGAAGAUGAUGAAGAGGAGGAGUUUCUGGACUUUGAUGAAGAAAGCGACAAAAGUAAAGGAGAUGAAGAGGAAGAAGAGGAGGAAGACUAUGAAGAUGCAGAUGAAGAAGGAGAGAAGGAAAAAGGAAAAGGAAAGGAUGAAGAYGUAAAUGUGGAAGAGGAAGAGGAGGAUGAAGAGAGCCCAGAUUUAGAAGACGAUGAUGAAGAAGAAGAGGAAGAGGAAACGAACAAAAAACAAGGAAAAGAGGAAGAGGAGGAGAUUAAAGAUGAAAGAAAGAGCAACAAGGAGGAAGAUGAKGAUGAUGAUGAUAGACUGGAUGUAGAAGAAGAAGAGACAGAAAUGGAGAGAAAAAUGGGAAAGAAGGAGGAAGAGGAGAAGGAAGUUUCCAGUGUGGAUAUAGAGGAUGAUGAAGAAGAUGAUGAAGAAGAGGAGGAAGGUGAAGAGGAGGAAGAGGAGGCAGAAGAAAAUGAAAAGCAGAAAGUCAAAAACGACGAUGAGGAUGACGAUGGAAACAUUCACAGGAUGAAGAUGGAAACCAAACAAAGCCGAUCUGAAGAUGAGGAAGAGGAAGAGCAUGAGGGCUGUGAGGAAGAUGAGGAGGACGAUGAGGAAGAGGAGGAUGAGGAAGAGCAUGAGGGCUGUGAGGAAGAUGAGGAGGACGAUGAGGAAGAGGAGGAUGAGGAAGAGCAUGAGGGCUGUGAGGAAGAUGAGGAGGACGAUGAGGAAGAGGAGGAUGAGGAAGAGCAUGAGGGCUGUGAGGAAGAUGAGGAGGACGAUGAGGAAGAGGAGGAUGAGGAAGAGCAUGAGGGCUGUGAGGAAGAUGAUGAGGAAGAUGAUGAAGAGGUGGAAGAAAUCAACAAAAACAAAGAUGAAGGUGAGGAAAACAGAGAAACUGAUGAAGAAAAUCCUGUGGAGGGAAGAGCUGACGAACAAACAGAGGAAGAGGAGCAGGAGACGAAGAGCGGCGUUCUAAAACAGACGAAGAAGAAGAAACGGAGACGAGCGAAAACCAAACCUGACGCUCCGCUUCACCUGCAGUUCCACAAGCUGAACGCCUCCUUCUCCGCCUGGCGGCGCUGCUGGAUGGUCGCCGUGGCUCACCGCGGCGGAGCCGACGAAGACGACGAGGAAGAGGAGGGCGAGGAGGAAGGGGACGAGUGGCGGGCCUGGAAGGAGUCCUGGAGAAUCUGCCGCUGGAGGAAGACGGACGAAGACGAGGUGAUGAGCUUCUGCUGGGAGCACCGGAGCCGCCGGGACGCCAUACAGGAAGUGGACGAAACGACAAACAGGAAGUGGGCUCUGAGCUGGAAAAUGAACACAGCUAACGGCGAAGAGGAGGAUGAGGAAGAGGAGCAGAAGGAGGAAGAGGAGGAUGAAGAGGAGGAGGAGGAUGAAGAGGAGAGCUGAAAUGUGAUCAAACAUUAUGAACUGAGACAUUUUAAUGAAUGUUGAUCAAAACUUUCCUGGAUCUUACAAGAUGCUUUGUGUUCACCGCUGGCUAAAACGUUAGCUGCGCUAAUGCUAACGCACUUAAAUAUUAGCUCUGCUAGCAAAACUGCGCUACGCAAGGAAAGUAUUGUGUAGAUGGAUGCUAACGCUAAAGUAUUACCUUAUAAAUUACACACAUUUCAGCAAAUUAUUCAGUGAAUUCUGGUUCAGUGWCCCGAGUUCAAAGGUUAGCAGGUUAGCACGGAUAAAAACAAACCUUUAUGGCUAACACCAGAAUAUUUAAUGAYGUGUUCUGAUCCCUUUAAAAUAAAUAAACAGUAACCUGCACCUUCCAGGAAAGUCCUCUGUAGAUUCAUUGUAGUAAAUAUGAGAAAAUACUUCAUGUUUACUGAACGUAACUCCAAGCUACCGGAGCCUUUUAUUUUGAAAUCGGUUACGUACCAGGACGGUUUCCGGUSAGUUUCUGGAAAGUAACGUGUAACGUGACGUCCAGGAAAAUAAUCUGUAGAUUCUUAGAAAGCUUAGGUUAAAAACUGUCUGUUAAUAUUUGUACAAAUAUGUAAAUUGUACAUCAAAAAUAUGUAAUAAAUUUUAAAUAAUAAAUUGAAUCUUUGUCGGU